AUGGGAAAUGUAAAUUGUACCUGUGUAAAAUAAACAACUGAAUAAAAUUUAUCAGAAAUAUAAUAUAAGCCGAUAAAUAGAGAAAUAGGAUCAAAUAAUUAUAACUUAGAAUAUGAAAUAAUAAAAAGUAUAAUAAAAAUUUAAAGUUUAAUUAGAGGAUGGUUAGCCCGUCGUUAAUUUACUUAAAUAUAAAUUUAAAACUAUAAUUAAAAAGUAGAUAAACUCUUAUUAGAAUUUGCCUAAUAACAUCUAUAGAAUUCUAUACAAAGGCCUCCUUUUUAAUUUAAUGAUUCUGAUUACCCAGAAACUUAAUCAGAAGAAUUUCAUAAGCGUUUUUUUAAAAACCCUAUAAUUUUAAAAAAUGGGGCUAUUUAUAUAGGAGAAUGGGCAAAUGAAUGUAAAUACGGAAAAGGUAUUCAGGUGUGGAAAGAUGGUUCUAUUUAUGAAGGCUUUUGGGUUAAUGAUAAAGCUUAGGGCUAUGGAAGAUUAAUACAUGCUAAUGGAGAUAUUUAUAUUGGAAAUUGGAAAAACCAUAAAUCCCAUGGAUUAGGAAUUUAUAUUCAUAAGGAUGGAUCUAAAUAUGAAGGUGAAUGGCUUGAUGAUUAAUAACAUGGGAAAGGUAUUGAAAUUUGGAAAGAUGGCGCUUAAUAUCAAGGAAAUUAUAAAUUAGGAUUAAAAUGUGGAUUAGGAAAAUUUAUUUGGGCAGAUAAUUCUACUUAUGAAGGCGAAUUUAUUAAUAAUGAUAUUGAAGGAAAAGGAGUUUAUACAUGGAAUGAUGGAAGAAAAUAUUAAGGAGAAUGGAAAAACAAUAAAAUGAAUGGAAACGGCAUUUUUACUUGGCUUGAUGGAAGAAUGUAUAUUGGAGAUUAUUUAGAUGAUAAAAAAGAUGGUUAAGGUAUAUUUAUAUGGCCUGAUGGUAAAAAAUAUGUCGGAGAAUGGAAAAAUGGAAAAUAAAAUGGAAAAGGCUUAUUUUACAUAUAAAAAGGAAAUUGCAAGUUUGGGGAAUGGAAGGAAGGGCAAAGAGAAAAAAUUAUUUCUUAAAAUUAAGAAUUUCAAAAAUAAUUUUAAGAAAAAAUAUUAAAUAAGUUUAAAGAUAUUCUAAUUAAUUAAAAUUUGUUUGAUAAGUUUUGA